CAACAACAUUUGAAAAUAGCAGGAGCAGGUCGCUCUUGACAAGGAUAGGAGGAACCUCCCUUUGUGGACUCUUAAUCUCUCAAACUCCAACUGUUCUGAAUUUCUUCCUUUCUCUUCUCCCCCCAUGCAUCAACUUCUAUCCUUCAUCCAUUACGAUUCUUCCCCAACUAUAUUGGGAGUUUCGACCAUUCUCUGCGGAAUCCUUCUCUAUACCGUCAGCAAGAUGCUCGGCUUCGGAUCUCGUAAUCAUUUCGUUGUUGAGGGCAGGACCGCAGUGAUCACUGGCGGCUCCGAGGGCAUGGGUAAGGCAGUUGCUUGCCAGCUGGCUGAAAUGGGGGCCAACGUCGUGAUUGUGGCACGAACUGCUUCCAAGCUUCAGGCUGCGCUUGAGACCAUGAAGCGAGUGGCGGACAAUGUUGAGCGGCAAAGGUUCCACUACAUCAGUGCGGACUUGAGCGACCCUGCAGAGUGCCAACGUAUCAUGGCCGAGGUCACCGAAUGGAACGAUGGACAAGAGCCUGAUAUCGUCUGGUGCUGCGCCGGAUACUGCCAUCCUGGGUUCUUCACCGAGACAUCCAUCAAGUCGCUACGGGACCAGAUGGAUACCGUGUACUGGACUGCAGCCAACACGGCCCAUGCCACUCUGCAGCGGUGGCUUACCCCUAUCAGCCCGAGUCGGCAAGCUCCAAUUCCAACCAGACACCUCAUCUUCACCUGCUCCACGCUCGCCUUCGUGCCUAUUGCGGGCUACGCUCCCUACUCCCCAGCCAAGGCGGCUAUUCGCUCUUUGUCCGACACUCUCUGCCAGGAAAUUGAGAUCUACAAUGGUUCUCGUACCUCCAAGGCACGCUGCGAGGCUCCAGCUGCAGAUGUCAAGAUUCACACGGUCUUCCCGAUGGGGAUCUUGAGCCCAGGCUUCGACAACGAACAGAAACUCAAACCAGCUUUGACUAAGCAGCUGGAGGAGGCCGACAAGCCACAGUCCCCUCAGGAGGUUGCAGGCAUCGCGAUUAGUGCCCUUGAGCGAGGCGAAUACUUGAUUACGACGAUGUUCGUGGGCGACCUCAUGAAAGGGUCGGCUCUUGGACCCAGCCCACGGAACUCCAUCAUAAAAGACACAUUGACAGGUUGGCUCAGUAACUUGGUCUUCCCUGGAGUGAUUUUCGACCUCCGACGGAAGGCCUGGAAGUGGGGAGUGAAGAACGGUCUUCCCACCAACCCUGAUGGCAAUUGAAGUGUCGUGCUGUUUGCCCUGCUUUGAGUCCUUGUUGCCUGGUCUAUGUCCUAGAUACCCGGAGCUGCGUUCCCCAUUCUUGCAGCCAUUAUUAUCUUCAUUCCUAAAGAACAUGUACAUAUAGCCGUAGUCUUAAUCCAU